AUGUGGGUCAUCACCGUCUUCUCUGUGGCCUGUCUGAUGGUCAGUCCAUCCCUGGCUGGCAUCAAAGACCUCAGCUCUCACUUUAGUGACCCUAAACCGGACCCCAGGGGCUUUGAAGAUGGGGCAGUGGAUAUAGAGUCCAUCCCCUUGGAGUUCCACAAAGAAAACACGGUCACGAAUGACCUUAUUUUUGAUGGCUUUGAGGAUGAAGAUUAUAUUGAUUUUGAUAAGAUCCUGGCUGCGGGCAGUGACGACUACAUUGAAGGGGAUGAGAUCGAUGAGAUUGCUACACCAGCCCCAGACAUUGACAUCUUUGCCGAACCCUCCGACCCAAAGAUUCGCCGUGCCAGACUCCUGCGGCUGUUCCACGGUCGGUCUCGCCUCCAACGCCUCAACAUUGUGAACGCUCAUUUCGGUUUUAAUCUCUAUCGAAGUCUUCGUAACGAUGUCAACCAGAGUGACAACAUCCUGCUAGCACCUGCUGGCAUCUCCAUCGCUAUGGGUAUGAUGUCUUUAGGGGCGGGACCUGAAACCCAUGAUCAGAUCUACAAAGCUCUGGGAUUCGCCGAGUUUGUCAACGCCAGUCAUCACUAUGACAACACAACAGUGCACAAGUUGUUCAGGAAGCUGACACACCGGCUCUUCAGGAGGAACUUUGGUUACACGCUACGCUCUGUGAACGAUGUCUACGUAAAGAAGGAUGUCUCGGUGAAAGAUGCUUUCCGCGCAGAAACGAAGGCUUAUUAUUUUGCAGAGCCGCAGUCAGUGGAUUUCAGGGACCCUGCCUUCCUGGACAAGGCCAACCGUCGUAUCCUAAAACUGACCAAAGGGCUGAUCAGGGAACCACUCAAGAGCGUCGACCCAAAUAUGGUGCUGAUGCUACUCAACUACCUGUACUUCAAAGGAACAUGGGAACAGAAAUUCCCCAAAGAAAUGACUCACUAUCGCAACUUCCGAGUUAACGAAAAAACAAAUGUACGCGUGCCAAUGAUGACCAACAAGGGGAACUAUCUGGCUGCUGCCGAUCAUGAACUGGAGUGUGACAUUCUACAGCUCCCAUACUCAGGAAACAUCAGCAUGCUCAUUGCCUUGCCGAGGAAGAUCACUGGCAUGAGGACCUUGGAGCAGGACAUCUCUCCCACUGUUGUCAACAAGUGGCUCAAAAACAUGACUAACAGGACGCGAGAGGUGGUGCUACCUCGGUUUAAACUGGAGCAGAACUAUGACUUGAUUGCAAAUUUAAAGGAGAUGGGCCUCACUGACUUGUUCCAGGAGACUGGAGAUUUCUCUGGAAUGACCUCUGAGAAAGUUGCCAUGAACUGGCUGAAGCACCAGGGAACCAUCACUGUGAAUGAAGAGGGAACAGAGGCUGCUGCUUUGACCCAAGUCGGCUUCAUGCCCCUCUCCUCUCAGAUCCGCUUCACUGUGGAUCAUCCCUUCCUCUUCCUCAUCUACGAGCACCGCACAGACUGCCUUGUGUUCAUGGGCCGGGUGGUCAACCCUUCACAGACCUAAACUUGACCGAAAAGCCGUUCCAAACAGCUAAACUAGUCCCUAAAAAUUCCCUGUUUGGUUCGAACUUCCAGCGAAAACAUUCAGGAUUUUAAAAGCUGGGGUGUUCUUACUUCUAUUAGUAUAAUAUGCAUGUAUAAUAGUAUGUAUGAGUAACAUCAAGAGUCUUAAUGUAUAUGUAGUCUUACUGAACAUUUAAACUUCUCCUUCACAUUUCUCAAAGGCUUGCUAGUCUGUCAGUGACUCAGUGAAUGCUUGUUAUCUGUCUGUUAAUGUUUUAUCCUCCGCAAUGAGGCUAGUGGAGAAAUGUUCUCAAAAAACUGCCAUUAUAUAACUUUCAUUACCUAAUGGCAUACUGUAUCAACUGCAGAAAGCCAACAGAACAAUGAAUAACACAAAAGAGGGGAUAAGAAAAUAAUGUAUGACACUAUUAGACGAGAAUUUCUGUGAAAAAAUCUUAAAAUUAUUACAUCAUUACUUUUAUAACGGGAGUGCCUUAAUAAA